AUGUCCUUCCCGCUUUUUGCGGCUCUUCCAGCAGAGAUUCGACUGGAAAUAUGGCGACUCAGCUUUCAACCUCGCGCUGUAGAAGUCAGAUAUCAACCAGAGACUGACGAGUGUCGGACAAUCACCCAUCCACCGUCUGUAUUACAGGUCUGCCGGGAAUCUAGAGAGGAAGCGCUCAGGUUUUACCACAAGUGCUUUGGUACCAAGUCCCAAGAACCACUCAUAUACUUCAACUCCUCCAUCGAUAUUCUGUACAUCCCAAGGCAUCGACCAAUGGGGUAUGACGACACCUCUAGAGACUUUGCGGAAUGUAUUCUAGAUACGGCAGAGCACGUCAAGAUGCUUGCAGUCGACCAUGUCUUACCAGAUGUCAAGCGUCCAUGGGAAACGUACAACAAGCUCUGCUUGAUGUUGGGUCUGCCAAAUCUAAAAGAGGCUUACAUGAUUAUAUCAACGGAAUCCGACGAUGGCGAAUCAGGAGCCGGCAUGGAGAUUGAGAUCAUCGACCCGAAGGAGGAUCAAGAGGCCAUCCUGAAGGUCAUGAAGGACAUUGAGGAAACCUACUCUCACGAACUUGGUGAGAUUCAAUGGGGGCAAGAAGCACAAGAGGCUUUUGAGGAUGAUGCUACCCAUGAUGAUGGUUCGUUAUCCGGAGAACACAACCACUCGCAUCACCACUACCACCACUUGUCAUAUCCACCUAUUUUACCCAAGGCUAAAAUUUCGCAUGGAUGGGAGAAACAUGGAAACAUGGUUAGGUGCAUCUGA